GUAGCGUAGUCAGUUGAAGUUGAUCAUUCAAGAACGUAACACCACUUUAUAAUUUUUAUUUGCUUAAUAUUCUGAUCGGAGUCCUAUAGUUUUGAAUUUAUGAUUUCAAAAUAAAAAGAAUUUUAUUUAAAAUAAAUAAUUCCAGUCGCGUGUGACAGAAUUAGGCGCAGUGUUUGAAAUACAAAAAAUAACCAAAGAUAUUUUAUUGUUUUGAAGUCUUGAAUUUAUUAAGAAUAUUCUAUUGUGAUAAAUCGAUUUAUCGAGAUCUUCUUAGAAAUACAAAAAAAAAAAAAAACAAAGAAAUAAUAAAAUAAUUAACAGUCAAGAUCGAACAAGGCAAUUAAUUAUGAUUAAAUUGUUUCUAGUAUACGCCUUAGCUGUUGGCUCAAUCUCAGCAGCGCCACAGUUUGUUGACUUCAGCAAUGGAGGAAUUGGUGUCAAUUUUGGUGGUUAUUCAGCUAGAGCUGGACUUGGCGGUCUCUUGACCGGAAAUGCAGCUGAUGGUGGAUUGAGUGCUUCAGCUGGAACACCAAAUGGACAAAGGGCAGCUGCUGGAAUCGGUGGUUUUGUUAACGGAGGAGCUGCUGGAGGAGCUUACGCUGGAGCUCAAGCAAACGAUGCUGUCGGUGCUAGUGCAGUUCUAGGUGGUUCAACUGGUCCUAACCAAUCUGGUUUCCUAGGUGCCGAAGCUCAUAACAAUGGAAAUUCAGUCACAAGAACCCUUAUUAAGGAUUCACCCGCACAACUUAUUCCAACAGAUAUUGAAAAAGUAACAACUGUUCAAAAAGUCAAGCCACCAAAGAAAUAUGUUCCACAACCAAGUAUCACAAGUCCAAUAGAACAAAAUCAGGGUACAACAGUUGUUGUAGAUGUAGUUAAAGUUCCUGCAGUGACUGUGGUCAAAACACGUAACCGAAGAAUUAAACAUACCAGACCGGCAGCACGUCGUGUUGGUUUGUUUAAAACUAUUUCUUUUGCACCUCUUAUCACAAAGAGAUUUGGUGGAGAUGAACCACAAUUGAACGUUCCUCAAACUUCUUUCAAGACCGUACAGAGUACCGAUUACCCAGUAGUAACCAAAGAAGUUACUUACAAUCCUAUUCAAUUCUUAAACAUCCCAAUUGGAAUUUUGAGAUCUAUUCAAGAAAGUUUGCAGCCAAUUGGAUAUUCAAAACAAGUCCAAAUUCAAGGAUAGGUUUAAGUUUAAGUUUAAUAACUCUGUAAUGAAAUUCGAUAAAUUAAAAUUAAAAAUCUAAUACUCAUGACUGGGUCA